AUGUUCUCGACGCAUUUCUCUGAAGGUUGGUGAGGUGGGUGAGUGCCCCACUCAGCCUCAUGUUCACGGUCGCGUCGGAUUUCCUAUCUGCUGCUUUUCAGAAACGCAAUCCUUUGGUCCGAUGAGAAAAACGCCGAGAAAACAGCGAGAAAACAGAGUAUUUGGUCAACUAAUCUACUUCAUUGUGGCUCAGUGCAGCCGGCCGAGAAGUUUUCCCAACGACGACAGCCUCCUGACCAACGAGAAGGCACGCGUAUGGAAGGCGAUAAAGGUAGGCGCGUAUUCACGUGCACUGUGUCAGAAAUUCAGAACGCUCACUGAUUUCUUCCGCAGAAAACGAGCUGUGUCUUCAGACAAAAGCGGAGCUUCUGAGUAGGCCAGUCGCCUCAUUCGCGCCGCCACCAAGGGACAGAUGGCGUGUCAUGCGUUUGGUGUCCGUGCAGGUGCGCAGCACCAUGAGGUUGACGGCGCUCGGCCUCUUUCUGGGCUGCACGAGCCUCUUCGUGCCAGUGGCAACCCUCUACAUUACUGCCAUCAUGUACACCGACAUGCCCGAGGACAUCCUUGGGUGGAUCGUGUGCAUGAUGGCAGUUCUACUAUGGGCGCCAUCGUCGGGUGAGUACGGAAGGAAUAUAUCACACGGUCCCCUCCGUGAUGACACUGUGAAUGCUCAUUGGCUGUGUGUGGUGUGUCACACAGUGCUCUCUGGAUGGCCUCCAAGAUUCUGGGCGUCACCAGAAGCUCACGGCCUCCGCCUCUUCCUAAUCUGCACGGCCCUUUUUGUGCUGGUCGCGGCCGUGUACUGGAGCCACGAGUUCUCGGUGGACGUCCUUGAGCACCUCCUAUACCUCCGGACGUUCCUCUGCCUCGGUGCCUUGCUGGGUGAGAAAUAAGCACCGCAAAAGCAUGUAUCUUGACCCAUGAUAUCAAAAGGAAAGCAUGAAGUCCUCCCUCCUAAUUCAUCGCUCUCUGUGUGUGUGUCGACGCCAGGUACGCAGGAGGUGUCUCAAUCAAAACAAACACAGAUACAUCAUAGCUAUAGGUAUGCGCCCAUCCGUUUGUUUGCCUGUUUGUUUGGCAGAGACAUCGCUAUCUACAUUUUAUAUCGCUGUCGGCCCUAUAUUUGGCUCCAGCACAUGUUACUGACGGUAGGCAGUAAGCUCGAUUGUGUGAGACACAGAUGCAUUCAUCGCCGACGUAAUCUACUUAAUCACUGCCCUCUGCCGUUUGUUUGUUUGUGUGUGGAUGGAUGGAUGGAUGGCUGAAGCCUUCAGCAUGCCUGUCCAUGCGUGUGUGUGUGCGUGUGUGUGCUAUGAUCACAGGGUUUCCAGUUCGCCAAGGAAGACGACGUGAGCACGACACACACACACUUGACGAAUGGACAUCUGAUGAAUUGUGGCUGUGUUCGUCUGACAGGACUUCCCCCUCCUGCCGGGCCCCAACAAGGUAUGCCCGACAGGACAUGCCAAAGUGACACACGCGAAACCAACAGACGUGUACACACAUGCAACUGUCCACAGAACAACAAUGCAACUGUGCACAGGGCAAGUGGGAUAGUGUGCCCGCCAAGAGCAAGCAGCCGCCCAAGACCACCGCCACCGACAAGAUCACCGAGGUACGCACAGCGACACUCACGCACACAGACGCCUGCAUGACGUCCUGCAUGGCUGUCCAUCAAUGUGUGUACGUGGUCAGCGGCUUGGCGGCUCAUGACCCGCCCCUCGCCGCUGACCAAGAAAAACAAGGCCGCCACCAAGGGCAAGAAGGCCACCAUCACCAUCCCGCCGCCCCCAACUUCACCAACACCACUGCUCAAGGUGAGCGGAGAGGAAAAGGCGGGGCGGAGACAUGGACGAGAAUGCACUCACUGUGUGUGUGUGUCUGUCUGUCUCUGUGUGUGCCCGUGUGUGUGCAAGGGGCUGAGCUCAUCAUGGUGUUGGUCGUGCUGGUGGUGUUGUGUGUCGGUGCGGCGUGCUGCUGGGUGGCGCCCUCGCCGCUGCUGCUGGUGGUGCUCGGGGUGUUCGUCAUAUGGUGGCCCCACAUGCCACCCGACGACAGCGCCGACUUCCAUGAGGCGAUGGAAGACUUCUCCACGUUUGAGGACGCCCGGGAGCCCGACAUACAGAUCGCCACGCCAGAGUAUGCGCCACCCCCCGCACCCCAUCAGCCGGGCACUCGUCUUGCCCCCCGCCCGAAGCCGGCCGAGAAGGCCAUGACCCCAGCGGCUGAGGAGGCGGCGUUGGCCGAGGCCGUGCGGGCCAUGCUGAAGGCCCAGAAGGAGGUCGAGAAGGUGUCAAGGACAAGACUGCUGCCCCGGUCAAUGAUGGGCAUCAGCGACACUUUCCUCCCCAUCCCCACCGACCUGCUAAGCGCUGCCCCACCGCUGCCCCAGGCUCACACCAACGCCAGAGCCAGGCUGGUGCGAGACCACCGCUGGCAGCCGCGGAUCAACGCCCUCGGGCCGGACAGGGUGGCGCGCUACGUGUAG